GUCAGAGAGUGCACAAGACCAUAUUCGCAGCAGGUGCGACAUAACUACAUUCGGGAAUCCUUGACGAAUAGAGAGGCUAAGAACUUUUAGUAUAUGUACUUGUAUAUGGUCAAGUCGCGCGCUUUAGAGUUUCUAAUCCCCGUCCCCGUGUCCUCCCCGUUACGCAAAGCAAAACCUUCCUCAGCUCCGGGACCCGACUAAGGCGAUAGCGAUCAACGUUACCAAAGUUAGCCGGCUUCGUUUCAACUACGAAAUAUUCCUCGGCUCUAACUCUCUUAGCUUCUUGUCUACUUGCCGCUACCAGCCUCUCUCUCGGUUGCGUGCGCUAUCUUCUUACAACGUAUAAUUAUCGUUUGCGCAAGUGUGGCGCCCUUGUUUCCGAGACAUCCUUCAUCAUGAAUGUCAUUUCCUCCACCGCGGCCCGUUGCCUACGGCCGUCAACUUUCUCCCGAUCGGCGAGACCAUUUAUUAGGUCCUCACCUAUCACAUUUCGUCCUGCAGUUCCAGUGGCGUUUUUUCAUUAUACCAGGUUAAACAUGGCGCCUGAAAAAAUUAAAGUCCAAAAUCCUGUUGUGGAACUCGACGGUGAUGAGAUGACCAGGGUUAUCUGGAAGGUCAUUAAGGACAAAUUCAUCUUCCCCUACCUCGACAUCGACCUAAAGUACUACGAUUUGGGAUUGGAAUAUCGAGAUGAAACCAACGACCAAGUUACGAUUGAUGCCGCCGAGGCUAUCAAGAAGUACUCAGUCGGAGUUAAAUGCGCCACUAUCACCCCGGAUGAGGCCCGUGUGAAGGAAUUUAAUCUCAAGCAGAUGUGGCUCUCUCCUAACGGUACGAUCCGCAAUGCUCUUGGCGGUACCGUCUUCCGUGAGCCUAUUGUCAUCCCCCGCAUUCCGAGAUUACUACCAGGAUGGAAGAAGCCCAUUAUCAUUGGCCGUCAUGCCUUUGGUGAUCAGUACCGGGCCAAGGACCGAGUUAUCCCAGGACCAGGAAAAUUAUCUAUGGUGUACACCCCCGAGGGUGGCAAGCCCGAGGAGAUUGAAGUUUUCCAAUUCAAGGAGGGUGGUGGUGUCGCACAAACCCAGUACAAUACCGCUGAGAGUAUUACCGGAUUUGCACACGCCAGCUUCAAGCUAGCUCUUGACAAGGAAUUGCCUUUGUACAUGUCCACUAAGAACACUAUCCUCAAGAAGUACGAUGGCAGGUUCAAGGAUAUCUUCCAGGAGCUAUACGACACUCAGUAUAAGAAGGAAUUCGAAGCUAAGAACAUCUGGUAUGAGCAUCGCCUGAUCGACGAUAUGGUCGCUCAGAUGGUCAAGAGCUCUGGUGGAUACAUUAUGGCAUUGAAGAACUACGACGGCGAUGUUCAAUCUGAUAUUGUAGCACAAGGUUUUGGUUCUCUGGGUCUCAUGACAUCAGUCCUAAUCACCCCAGACGGUAAGACUUUUGAGUCGGAAGCAGCACACGGAACAGUAACACGACACUACCGGGAGCACCAGAAGGGCCGAGAGACAUCAACGAACCCUAUUGCUAGCAUCUUCGCCUGGACCCGAGGAUUAUUGCAGCGUGGUAAGCUAGACGAGACGCCUGAGUUAAUCGCAUUCGCCGAGAGCCUCGAGAAGGCAUGCGUUGACACCGUUGAUGUUGAUGGCAUCAUGACCAAGGACUUGGCCCUUGCCUGCGGCAAGACAGCCCGCGAGGACUACGUCACAACCAACGAAUACCUCGAUGCUGUCGAGAAGAGACUAAAGAAGACUCUUUCUGCCAAGCUAUAGAGUUAAGAAAAGAUAAAGCAAGGCGCAUGGGGAAGCUAUGAAUGAAUGACAGGCCGAUAAGCAAGAAGAUAUAGAUCUUGAUCUAGAACUUGCAUUAAAUGGAUGGAAGGUUAUGCGCGCGCGCGAUUGGCAUUGUAUAUACAUCUAUGUACUCAUUUUUUAUGAACAGCAUAGGCGCUAUCUAGACAUCUAGGCAGUUAGAUAUCACCGUUCCGCAUACCCUGCAAGGGGGCAUGU